AUGAUGACAUUGAUGAUGAAGAGUUCUUUGAUAACCAGCUAGAAGCCUACUUUGAGCAGCUGUUGCAGCCAGAAAUGACAAGAGGAGACUCUGAAGUACAGAAGCUCUCAGAAUGCUGUAGGGCGCUGAAGCUCUCUGAAAAUGCCUUACUUCAGGAGAACUUUCAGAUUCCUGAGACACACCAGGCUGUGCCAGGGGCAGACUCUGGAAAUGCCAGUGACGAGGAUUCACAGAGUCAGAGGAUGACUGGAAGUGCUGUGCAAAGAGAAGAGCUGCCCAGAGCAGCACAGCAACUGAAUUCCACGGGUCCUGGAGAAGUGCAAGGUUCCCGCGCCGCUGCUGAGCUGCGGUUGGGCUCCCUGUAUCUUCAGGGCAUGGACAGCCAUAAAGCUGAUGUCUCAAAUGUCCUUUCAAAGCAAGAAAUGCAGUCCUCUGAGUGUCAGGCUGCUGCUUCUGAUCCUGAAGUGCUACACACAGCAAGAGGAUUUUUGGGGCACUACCCCACUUCUGAAGUUGUUGGUGCGGAUGCACCUCGGACAGAUGCACCUGAAUGUGAAGUUGGUCUUCCUGAUACUUACCUCUCUCCAACCACAGACAGCUGUGAGAACAUAAGUUUAGCUACAACAGACAAAGGUGAUUUACCACACAGCGUUGUCUACCAAAAUGAAGAGGGCAAGUGGGUGACUGAUCUUGCAUAUUAUACUUCAUUUGAUGAAGAACAAGAUUUAAAUCUGUCUGAAGAUGAUAAAAUAAAUGAGGAGUUCAUUACUGGAUCUGAAGCAGCAGCUAUGAUUGCACAAGACCAGGAAGAAUUUGAGAAGACACACAAACUCCUGCAGGUGGGAAAAGACAUUCUGAAUGUGUCAGAGUUAGCAGAGACUUCCUGGAGAUCUGCCAAUAGCUGUGCUCUGCUGAGGUCAGCUGACGUGGAGAAGGAUGCCAGUUACCUCCGCCUGUCCUUGGGGGAGUUCUUUGGUCAGAGGUCUGAGGCCCUGGGGUGCCUUGGUGGAGGCAGCGAUGUGAAGCGGCCAUCCUUUGGUUACUAUAUUACAUCUCCAAAGAAAAGGCAACCUGUUGCUUUGCUGAGGCAAUCUGAUCCAUCAGGAGGUGAUGCUGGCCAGGAGAUUUCACAGCUGUCUGAGGUGUUUCCAGAUGGUGCAGAAGCACAAACAAAGGAAGAUGCAAAUUCUACCAGCUGUGAAGGUGCAUGGAAUGGAGUGGAUACUGCAGCUGGAAUAUGUAAAAGCAUUAAUGCAGAAGCUGCUACCAAAAGUAAAGCAAAGGGUGGAAUUGCUAAAGGGAAGUUGGAAGACAAGCUACCAAAUCAUUCUGACUCUGUCCUGAGCAUCAGCACGAUUGCAUCUGCCAUUGCCAACGCCUCCGCCAGCGCUGAGCCUUCCCAGCUGGCUGCCAUGAUGAUGGCACUCUCCAAUAAGAGUAAAAAACCAUGUCUCCUUCCUGGAGUUGCUAAAGAGGUGGAACUUUCUGCUCAUCAGAUGUCAGCCAGCAAUGUGGAAAAUUGUGCAUUUGAUUUGGAAAAAUACCUUAAAAAAACCGACGAGAUCGGACAUGAAAGCGACUACGAGAGUGUUGUGAAACAUGAAGCCUCUGUCCAGAACCUCCUGCCUGAUACCUCUUUCCUGGGCACAGGUAAAAGUAAGGAUGCUCUUGCAGAAGACUUGAUCAAUAAACAGAGCAAGCAGCAAGAAAGAGUGAAGCGAUUUCUGAGUUAUUUUAAUGAGGAAAGUGACAUUCAGAAUUUCUCUAAUCUGUUUGGUGUUCCCAGCCAUGAGGACGUAACUGCAAACAGUGUUAAAUAUUCAACAAAGUUGUCAGAUUUAGGAAACAGUAAACACUUACAGUCAGUGCAUACUGAUCUCAGAUCAGAUACUCUCAGUAGCCAGGCCUCACCUGCUGGAAAUGAAGCACAGAUGUGUGGAAUUCCUUCAGCUGCAGACAGGGAAGUGGCACAUAACAGUCUGCUUGCUUACCAGAACAGUGAUCUCACCAGCAGAUGUUCCAUCAGUGAAGAGACAGAAACAGUAGGCCAAGCAACAAAUACUGUUCCUGAGCCACAUAAUGAUUUGGUGGAGAGGAGUACAGGACAUACUCUGUCACUUGCCAACUUAAAACCUGCCAUGCAACCUAGUAAAUACGUCUCAUUGAGUCCUACAAAAGCAAAGCCUACACAGAAAUUGAGCAAUGGGGAAAAGAAGCAAAAUGCAAACACGGAGAAGGGAAACAAAGAUGCCAGUGCUGCUUGUGGUGGGAGUGCAAAACAUGUAACUUUUGAGCAGCUCUCCCCAACGUCCCAGAGUAGUACUGACUGUAAACCUGACUGUGCCUUGCAGCCUCUGGAGGAUGAGCAGUGCAGCUUCAGACCUUCAACCUCACCACUAAUUCACUCGUCUCCUAGCGAGACUUCCGGCACAGCAUUCUCAGGGUCUGAAGCUGACUUUACUUGCACAUCAAAUUAUCAGGAAUCUUCUUGCAGAGAGAACGUGCUGCCUCAGUCAGUCUACUCCAGUCCUAGCCUGAGCAGAUUAACCUAUGUCUCUGCCUCUGACACUACCCUGAAGAACUCAGCUGGGAUACAUAACCCAGACACAUACUGGGAUGAGAAGGGCAGUGAGCUCAGCACGACCAUCGUUCGCGCCAGCCCCACACCUUCGCAGGAGCAGCCCAGGGAGAACCCCGAGCAGCACUCGGCCCAGGGAAACAGGAGGGAAGCACUGCCUGACAGUGACCUGAAACCAGCUGAUGAGCUCACAGGCCUCCAAAGGAAACUUGAUGAUGUACUGGGUCAGGAACCGUCCAAAGAGGGUUCUCCAAAGAAUGAGAAGCAGCUUGGGACUGUUCCUUCAAGUGCAGCAGCCAGUGACAGGGAGCGAGGCCGUGUUCCAUCAGCUUUGCCAGGGGAACCCUCCACGUUUCAGCCGCUCGCUGGUGCGCAGGGAGCACGGUGUGACCCAGUGAGCAGAGCACAGAGACAGGGGCUGCCAUCCUGGAACGUGUCACCCCUGUACCCUGGGCUGAGCACUCACGUGCCAUUCAGUCAAAACUCAUCUGCUGAGCCACACGUCCCGAAUCCAAGCUUUAAAUCCCAUGUCACCACCUCUGAGAGUCAAACAGUUUCUUCCUCUGUUCCCAUGUUGCUUACAGGACAUUCUCUUGCAAUGCCCCCAUUUGCACAACAGCAUCUGGGAAAUAUCCCAUCGACUACAAACACAGUUUUGUCUCAGUUGCAUGGCUGCAGCUCCACAGGUUUUGCUCUUCCAGCAGGGGUUCCUUGUUCUGGUAUCCCAGCAGGACACGUUGAGAAUCCACUUCUGGUUGGAAUUCCUUUAGGUCCAAAUAUUGGUCCUGGCUCUUUCUGGAUUACAAAGCAAAGCUGCAGCCACUCUACUUCCUGGAACAAGGAUGUCUUAAAUAUGAAAUCAUGCACUGGACAACCUCUUGGAUCUGGUAGAAAUGAGUGGGAGUUGCCAAAGUCACCUGGUAUUGGACACACAAAAGUGCCAGAAGAACUGAAGUUCCCUAAUGCCUGUUGUGUGGGAAUUGCCUCACAGACGGUUCUUAGCAUCUACAACCCCACCCAGCGGUGGCUGGAGGUCAGCAUUGGAAUCCUCAGUGUUUCAGUUAAUGGGGAAAAG